CGCAGGGUUUCCACCCCGAACCUGCCCCCACUGCCGCUGUUCCUCCCGCGGGUGUGGGGCUGCCCCCCGGUUCCUCAGUGAGCGGUCGGGGGUCGCGGGCCCGGAGAUCGGAGGCGCUCGGUCCCGCAAACUCGCCGCACUUUUACCGAACCUGCGGGAUUCGGUGCGGGGCUGGGUCGGGUCGUCCCGGGGAUGCAGUCAAGUCCAGCCGGGGUUUACACACUGCGGCCAGGGCGCACACACGGGGAGGGGCCGGGGACCGGCGGCCGCCUGCUACACGCGGAGACACGGUGCCGUUAAGCGCCUGUCCCGCCCGCGGUGCGCUGCCCGGGACGGGGGGAACCGGACCUUCCCCCCGCUCACUGAUUCGCCGCGGGCCGGCCCGGGUACGGCGGGAUAGUCCCGGACCAGGACUUAUAUGGGCUGCGGUGCGGGGCAGGACAGAGACAGACGGCGGCCGCUCCCUCUCCCGGUUCCAUGGCGUGGGCUCUGCUCCUCGUCCUGCUGGCGGCGGCGCGGGCGGCGGCUGACUGUGGCAACCCCCCACACCUUGAAAACGGAUCCCCCACUGAUGAGUUCCUUUCUUUAACUUCAUUUCCUGUGGGCACCAAGGUUCUUUACCGCUGCAACCCUGGCUAUGCUGUCCACGAAAGAAGCUCAGCUUCUGUCAGCUGUGAGGAAGAUUUAACCUGGACCCCACUGGAUGCCACUUGUGAGCGAGUGGACUGCAGUAAUCCAGAGGGCAUUGAGAACGGGUUUUAUGAGGCCCCAUCUACGACUUUUGGAAGUGUGGCCAUUUACCACUGCAAUGAAGGAUACAAGAUGAGUGGUGGAGGCAUGCGUUUAUGCAGUUCCGAUGGUUGGACUGGUCAGGUGCCAACAUGCAGGGUAUCUUCUGCAGUUAGAAUCCUGAAUGAAAUGAUCACAUUUGGACAUGAGCUCAUCACCAAGGAAGAAAACGUGAUCAAGUCAUACUACCACCUCCUUGAGACCGAACGCGAACUUCAUAGAUCAAAAGAGAAGCUUCUUCAUAAAGCAGAGCAGUACGUCAAUGAAAACCUCGUUUAAAGAUUUCUGAAUUUUUCAUUAUUGAAACUUAAAAUUUAAACAUCAUAUCAGGUUGUAUUGAAGUUGCGUUCUGUGUAAACCUGAGAAAUUCUGACGUUGUUAAAAUUAAUUGCAUGCUAAAUUUGUGGUGUUUGAGUUUCUGUUGUUGGAUGGUCCUAGAGAAACUAAUAAAAUGAAGAAUGCAUAUC